AUGGCUUUUAUAAUUAGUCGUUCAUCACGAUCAUUCUUAACUUCUGCUUUGAACUAUUCACCUAAACUCUUAUCAUUAAAUCAUAUACGUUAUGCUUCUAAUAAUCAUCGUCCAAUGAUGUUAAUGGAUCUUCCUCGUAUAGUUUAUCCAAAUUUAUUUUACACGAUAAGAAAUUUUUUUUCUCGAAUAAUUAUAAAUGGAUAUUUUGAUUCAACAUUUGCUAUAAAACCAUUUUCUGAUGGUGCACGACAAGCAUUAACAAUUGUUUCACGUCUUAUUGGUAAUAAUCAAUUUGAUGACCUAUCAGGUUUAGUUACACAACAGAAAAAUUAUGAAAAUUUAACAUCAGAACAGAAACAAAAAAUUCCUGUUGAUGAAUCUGAAAUUGUUUUUUCAUAUCCAUAUUUAAUUGGUAUGAUUAUGGAUGAACAAACAAAUAGUCGUUUAGUUGAAAUAACAAUAAUCUUUCAUAUUUUAAAAGAUCGUAAUGCAUAUCACGAAGAAAUGAUCCAUGCUAAAGGUGAUUCUAUUACAAAUUGGACAGCUGCAAUGAAGAAAAUGCGUGAUAAUAUUGUGGUUUGUAAUUAUAAAUUUUUACGUGAUAUGAGUAAAAAUGCUAAAGAUGAUAGUUGGAUUAUUAGUGGACUCAAUCAUUGGUCACCAAGUGAAUAUGAACAGCAAUAA